CACUAUCACUACCACCACCACCACCACCACCACCACCACCACCCACUCCUCCACCACACCUCCUCCCACCAGAGCCCCUGCAAUAGCUGUGAUGCGACCAUGGGCUCCAUAGCCAUACCAGAGACGGCACUGUCGGAGACGUCAUCCUCGCCCUCCGACACCAUCGACCUGCAUCAGACACUGCCUCAUCCUCCACCUUCCAACAAUAACAAUAACAACAACAAGCGCUCAUCCACCGAUGCCGGGCUCAAGCCCAAUGGCAUGCGACCACACAAGAGCGUCAAGAGAAGAGCCUCCAAAGCUUGUCAGUGUUGUCGCUCUCGCAAAGUGCGAUGCAACGUCGUUGAACAUGGCCCGCCGUGCACCAACUGCCGACUGGACGAGGUGGAAUGCAUCGUUUCGGAGAGCAAGCGCAAAAAGAAAUGGACUUCGAACGACAUUGGCGCAUCGCCUCAGAUUGGCAAGUCCGGACUCCCAUUCUCCAAGCCUUCAGUCUUUCCCAUGUCUGCUGCACCACCCUAUGCGCCAGUGAGGCGGGAGUCUGCCUCGGAACAUGUGCCUCAUGCACUAUACCAAGAUCUUGGCCGGAGUAUGUCGAUGACUUCGGACCAUCCUCGGCCCAAUCCCAAACUAUUCGCCUCAGACAUGAUGGUGAACCUGCAACGCCUUACUCACAAACCAUCCAUCUCCAGUCCGGCGGCCAUGUUGCCCCCGUUCAGUUUACCACAGCCACAGCCCUCGUGCAACUUGCCACUGUACAUCAAGCCUUUGCCAUCGAAGCUGGACCCUGAAGACAUCUUGUACCUGGAGAAUAAGGGCGCCUUAUCGAUACCGGAUCAACAGCUUCGCGAUGAGCUGUUGAAGAGCUACGUCGAGUUUAUACACCCAUUCAUGCCAUUGCUCAAUAUCCAUGAAUUCGUUGCCACAAUCGAUCGAAACGACGGAUCAUCGCCCAUCAGCUUGCUGCUCUUCCAGGCAGUCAUGUUCUCUGCGAUUGCUUCUGUCGACAUUCGUUAUUUGCAUUCGGCAGGUUAUGCGACGCGACGAGAUGCGAGGCGAGCGUUUUUCAACAAGACUCGAAUUCUCUAUGACUUUGACAUUGAGAUUGAUCGCAUCUCACUGAUUCAAGCGCUUUUGCUCAUGACAUACUGGUACGAGACACCAGAUGACCAGAAAGAUAGCCACCACUGGAUGGGCAUUGCCGUGUCCCUGUCUCACACCAUCGGCCUCCAUCGCAAUCCUGAAAAGUCGGCAGCCAUAGACCCGGCAAGGAAGAGAUUGUGGAAACGGAUUUGGUGGUCAACAUAUAUGCGAGAUCGUCUCGUCGCCCUCGGAAUGCGUCGGCCCACACGUAUUCAGAACGCCGAUUUCGAUGUGCCCAUGUUGGAGCUCAGCGAUUUCGAGCUCGCAGUCAUACCGGAGGGGCCCUCUUGCAUGCCAUCAGACUGCAAGCUGCUCCGGGAUCUGGACAUGCAGAGACAGCUGAACAUUAUGUGCAUUGAAAAUGCGAGACUGUGCAUCUGCAUGAGCCACGUGCUCAGCGUGCAAUAUUCGGUCUUGAAUAACAACCAUGGCGUGGUGUCGGACCAGGGCAGUACGAAAACUACUGUCCAUCUGGUCGCGAAAAGGCCCGAUCCGGAGCAAAAUGAGGUCCAGACGUGUAAUAAUGAACUUGUGCGAUGGAGAAGUGAGCUUGCCGAAGAAGCGCAAUACGUGGUUCCUUCGUGGUCUGAUGUGGAUUCUGGUAAUUAUGCGAUUGCGCUCAAUCGUAGUUUACUGCACAUGAUCUACUUUGCCACGCUGUCAGCUCUCCACCGACCGCAAGUGCUACCCUCGACAUCACUUCCGCCACGACAGCAACAAUCUGAGCAGCUUGACCACUCACGCAAGGCUGUACGACUCGCCGCGAGCGAAAUUACGAGCAUUGCUCAUCGUCUCUUCGAUCUCGAUAUGGUACGAUACCUUCCGACCACCGGAAUCACCGUUCUUCUUCCGGCGAUCAUCAUCCAUCUCCUCGACAUCAAAGCCCCGGACGAGGUGACGAGGAGAACCAGCCUCAGAGGGUUCUGCCAAUGCAUGCAGAUCAUGAGCAAACUUCGCGACAUCUAUGCUGCAGCUGACUACAGCACUGCAUUCCUCGAGGCCGCCAUUCGGAAAGCAGAAAUCAGCCUUCCACAAAAGACAGACGAAGUGCGUGAACGAAGAGUCAUCACUUCCGCUCAGGAUCUUCUGGGUGUUGGGAAGAGAAUGGGUGUGGUAUCUGCAGACGAGCGUCCUGCCAUCGAGCGAUCGGGCAGUGGAGCAAUCACUCCGCCCCCAGACGCCGCGAACGGCGUCAGCGAAGGUGGAAGUCAUGACACCCAACUCGACGACCACGCCCACGCCGAGAUGGUGCCAGGAGUCAUGACAGACGAUGAUAUUGCUCGGAAGUUGAACAAUUAUCUGACCUCGACGCCUCCGGGAAGUGAGGGUCACACGACACAGCAAGCCACGGAAAACGAAAACGAAAAUGAAAUCCAUAUGGAGGAGCCACAUUCGAGCUUGGCAGGCAUCCAAAACCUAGGACCCGAUUUGGAGCCCGAUUUCGAUAGUAUGAUCAAUCUCGAUGCGGCAGGCGAUGUCUGGGGUCUCGAGGAGGGUGCGUUCGCAGCGAUGAGUGGAGAAAGCGGCGGAUUUACGCUUGACGAGGCGUGGUUACAAGUGAUGAAGGAGACUGCCGGACUGAGUCCUCCCAAAGACACGCCGCCGACGAGUGGAGGUGGCGUGGGCGCGACCGCGUUGAACGAGAUGGGACAAGAUGUCAGUCUGAGUACCGACAUCAGCUUCUCGAGGGAAGGGGACAUCAAGGCGCUUACAGUGAGUGUAUGAUGGAUGAUAUGAUGGAAAGUGAUCUAGAAGCCCGUGUAGUAGUAAUGCCGAGACGUGUCACGACUGAUGAAGACCAAUUCUGUUGGCAGUGUAGAUGGCUCAACACAAGCAACCACAGUAGACAUAGACGUGGGGUGAAGGUAUACUAUACAGACGAAAAGGACAAAACUCUACAAAAC